CCCUGUGGACUGGAUAGCGUGCUGAAAGACUCAGGUCUUUGUGACAAACUUAUUGGUUUUAUGAAUAAUCAGGUAGCAUUUAUAAGAAUAUUCAAGUUUUAACAGUUAACAGAUUAACUUCCUAUUGGCUACCUCUAAACUACCUAUCUUUGAAGAAUCCACUGAAUUCCAGUGCCUUUUUUUGGUGGUAGGGAUACAAAAGUGAGCAAGAAAGCCUGUGUUCUAGUGGGUGGUUAAGCUAGAACAAGCGGCGACAAUAUAGCAGGAGAAGUGAGAAUGAGGGUUUCCCUGCGAAGACAUGGCAGGACCAAAGAACGGACUGUGGAAGACAAUGGACUCUUUCAGGUGAAAUAUUUAGAACAAAUGAACACAAUAAGGAAUGGAUUUGUUAACAGCUUGGGUUGAAAAGGAGAAGAUGUUUUUUGUUAGGAGGAAAAAAAACAACACUGUGUAUAGACUGAUGAUAACAUAUCUUAUUGGAUGAAUUUGGCAAAGGUCACUGUGGCGAGAGAAUGGGAGAGGAUGGCGGAUGAGCCCUGGAGUUCCAGUAGGGUCCAGGCCAGAGGGACUCCGAGAAAACAAGCUGAAGAAUGUAAACUUCAUGGAUCGUGCUGGUGAUCCCCAUGCCCUCAGCUGACUAGCUCCAGUGGCUCAGCAUUUCCACAGAGCACUGAUGGCACUACACUUACAAGGCUAAUUUGUGCACAAGCCUGUUACUUCCCUUCUGUUCAACAGCUUUCAGCUGCCCUCCUAACCCUACACAGAUGUCUUACAAACCCAUGUUCCUGCUCAUGGAGGACUGGCACACUGAGCAAGCAAUUCCUGUAUAAUGCAGGAAGGCCAAAGGCACUACUCAGAUGAUAGACUUAAACAGAGAUAGGAGAAAUGACCUCAAACUGAUCAGAAUGAUAUUUGGAGAAAAUACACCCUCAGAAAAAUGUGAUGAACCACUGGUCUCUGGACUGUCCCAUGUAGCUUUCAGCAGCUCUUCCUCCAUGUCGGGCAGCUAUUCUCCUGGCUACGCCAAGAUCAACAAGCGGGGAGGUGCUGGGGGAUGGUCUCCAUCAGACAGUGACCAUUAUCAAUGGCUUCAGGUUGAUUUUGGCAACCGGAAGCAGAUUAGUGCCAUUGCAACUCAAGGAAGAUACAGCAGCUCUGAUUGGGUGACCCAGUACCGGAUGCUCUACAGUGACACAGGGAGAAAUUGGAAACCCUAUCAUCAAGAUGGAAAUAUCUGGGCAUUUCCUGGAAACAUCAACUCUGACAGUGUGGUCCGGCAUGACUUACAGCAUCCAAUCAUCGCUCGCUAUGUGCGCAUAGUGCCUCUGGACUGGAAUGGAGAGGGCCGCAUUGGGCUCAGAAUCGAAGUCUAUGGCUGUUCUUAUUGGGCCGAUGUUAUCAACUUCGACGGCCAUGUUGUGUUACCCUAUAGAUUCAGAAACAAGAAGAUGAAAACACUGAAGGAUGUCAUUGCCCUGAAAUUUAAAACCUCUGAAAGCGAAGGGGUGAUCCUACAUGGAGAAGGGCAGCAAGGGGAUUACAUUACUCUGGAACUGAAAAAAGCCAAGCUGGUCCUCAGUUUAAACUUAGGAAGCAACCAGCUUGGCCCCAUAUACGGCCACACGUCGGUGAUGACAGGAAGUUUGCUGGACGAUCACCACUGGCACUCCGUGGUCGUGGAACGCCAGGGACGGAGCAUCAACCUCACUCUGGACAGGGGCACGCAGCACUUCCGCACCAACGGGGAGUUCGACUACCUGGACUUGGACUACGAGAUAACCUUUGGAGGUAUACCUUUCUCUGGAAAGCCAAGCUCCAGCAGUAGAAAGAAUUUCAAAGGUUGCAUGGAAAGCAUUAACUACAAUGGCAUCAACAUUACUGAUCUUGCCAGAAGGAAGAAAUUAGAGCCGUCAAAUGUGGGAAAUCUGAGCUUCUCCUGUGUGGAGCCCUACACGGUGCCUGUCUUUUUCAAUGCCACAAGUUACCUGGAGGUGCCCGGACGGCUUAACCAGGACCUGCUCUCAGUCAGUUUCCAGUUCAGGACGUGGAACCCCAACGGUCUCCUGGUCUUCAGUCACUUUGCGGAUAAUCUGGGCAACGUAGAGAUUGACCUCACUGAAAGCAAAGUGGGUGUCCACAUCAACGUCACACAGACCAAGAUGAGCCAGAUAGACAUUUCCUCAGGUUCUGGGUUGAAUGAUGGCCAGUGGCAUGAGGUCCGUUUCCUAGCCAAGGAAAAUUUUGCUAUCCUCACCAUUGAUGGAGAUGAAGCAUCAGCAGUUCGAACUAAUAGUCCUCUUCAAGUUAAAACUGGCGAGAAGUACUUUUUUGGAGGUUUUCUGAACCAGAUGAAUAACUCAAGCCACUCUGUCCUUCAGCCUUCAUUCCAAGGAUGCAUGCAACUCAUCCAAGUCGAUGACCAACUCGUGAAUUUGUACGAAGUGGCUCAAAGGAAGCCGGGAAGUUUUGCCAAUGUCAGCAUCGACAUGUGCGCCAUCAUAGACAGAUGUGUACCCAAUCACUGUGAGCAUGGUGGGAAGUGCUCGCAAACGUGGGACAGCUUCAAAUGCACUUGCGAUGAGACGGGAUACAGUGGGGCCACCUGCCACAACUCCAUCUACGAGCCUUCCUGUGAAGCAUACAAACACCUGGGCCAGACGUCCAAUUACUACUGGAUAGAUCCUGAUGGCAGCGGACCUCUGGGGCCUCUGAAAGUUUACUGCAACAUGACAGAGGACAAAGUGUGGACUAUAGUGUCUCAUGACCUGCAGAUGCAGACGACGGUGGUCGGCUACAACCCAGAGAAAUACUCGGUGACGCAGCUCGUGUACAGCGCCUCCAUGGACCAGAUAAGCGCCAUCACCAGCAGCGCCGAGUACUGCGAGCAGUACGUCUCCUAUUUCUGCAAGAUGUCGAGGUUGCUGAACACCCCAGACGGGAGCCCCUACACUUGGUGGGUUGGCAAAGCCAACGAAAAGCAUUACUACUGGGGAGGCUCCGGGCCCGGGAUCCAGAAAUGCGCCUGUGGCAUCGAGCGCAACUGCACCGACCCCAAGUACUACUGCAACUGCGACGCGGACUACAAGCAGUGGAGGAAGGACGCUGGCUUCUUGUCCUACAAAGAUCACCUGCCGGUGAGCCAAGUGGUGGUUGGAGACACUGACCGGCAGGGCUCAGAGGCCAAACUGAGCGUGGGUCCCCUGCGCUGCCAAGGAGACAGGAAUUACUGGAAUGCCGCCUCUUUCCCCAACGCGUCCUCCUACCUGCACUUCUCUACUUUCCAAGGGGAGACCAGCGCGGACAUUUCUUUCUACUUCAAAACACUAACUCCCCGGGGAGUGUUUCUUGAAAAUAUGGGGAACACAGAUUUCAUCAAGCUGGAGCUGAAAUCUGCCACAGAAGUAUCCUUUUCAUUUGAUGUCGGAAACGGGCCAGUGGAGAUCGUAGUGAGGUCACCCUCCCCUCUCAACGACGACCAGUGGCACCGGGUUACUGCAGAGAGGAAUGUCAAGCAGGCCAGUCUGCAGGUGGACCGGCUGCCCCAGCAGAUCCGCAAGGCCCCGACUGAAGGUCACACCCGCCUGGAGCUCUACAGCCAGCUGUUUGUCGGUGGCGCUGGGGGCCAGCAGGGCUUCCUGGGAUGCAUCCGUUCCCUGAGGAUGAAUGGAGUGACACUCGACCUGGAGGAAAGGGCAAAGGUCACAUCCGGGUUCAUAUCCGGAUGUUCGGGCCACUGCACCAGCUACGGAGCGAACUGUGAAAACGGAGGCAAAUGCAUAGAGAAGUACCACGGCUAUUCCUGCGAUUGCUCCAACACGGCAUACGACGGAACCUUUUGCAACAAAGAUGUGGGUGCAUUUUUCGAGGAGGGGAUGUGGCUGCGGUAUAACUUCCAGGCCCCGGCGGUCAGUGCCAAGGACGCGGGCGGCAGCGCGGACAGCCCCCCCGAGCAGCAGGGCCCCCCCGAGGACCUGGCCCGGGAGGAGAUCGGCUUCAGCUUCAGCACCACCAAGGCGCCCUGCAUCCUGCUCUACGUCAGCUCCCUCACCACGGACUUCCUGGCCGUUCUCGUCAAACCCACCGGAAGCUUACAGAUCCGGUACAACCUGGGUGGCACCCGGGAGCCGUACAACAUCGACGUGGAUCACAGGAACAUGGCCAACGGGCAGCCGCACAGUGUCAACGUCACCCGUCACGAGAAGACCAUCAUUCUCAAGCUCGAUCAUUACCCUUCCGUGAGUUACCACCUGCCCGGUUCAUCUGAUACCCUCUUCAACUCUCCCAAGUCGCUCUUUCUGGGAAAAGUUAUAGAAACAGGGAAGAUCGACCCAGAGAUUCACAAGUACAACACCCCAGGAUUCACGGGCUGCCUCUCGCGGGUGCAGUUCAACCGGAUCGCCCCUCUCAAGGCCGCCCUGAGGCGGACCAACGCCUCGGCCCACGUCCACACGCAGGGCGCGCUGGUGGAGUCCAACUGCGGGGCCUCGCCGCUGACACUGUCCCCCAUGUCGUCGGCCACCGACCCCUGGCACUUGGAUCACCUGGACUCAGCCAGUGCAGAUUUUCCCUACAACCCGGGACAAGGCCAAGCUAUACGAAAUGGAGUCAACAGGAACUCGGCCAUCAUUGGAGGGGUCAUUGCCGUGGUGAUCUUCACCAUCCUCUGCACCUUGGUCUUCCUCAUCCGGUACAUGUUUCGUCACAAGGGCACCUACCACACCAACGAGGCGAAGGGAGCAGAGUCGGCCGAGAGCGCGGACGCCGCCAUCAUGAACAACGACCCCAACUUCACAGAGACCAUUGACGAAAGCAAAAAGGAGUGGCUCAUCUGAGGGGUGGUGGCUAUCUGGCUGUGGGAUGGGGAGGAGGGAAGUCCUAGGGAAGGAGGGAAAGGGACAAUAAGCACCCUGCUUCACACUCUGAGCACAUCCUUAAAAAAUAUCUAGCACAAGUUGGGGGAGGCGAGCGACAGAAUCUUCUUGAGACUGAGCACCACAAAAAAAAAAAUACUUUUUACUAUUUCUUUAUAGCUGAGUUUCCCCUUCUGUAUCAAAACAAAACAAUACAAAAAAUGCUUUUAGAGUUUAAGCAACGGUUGAAAUUUGUAGGUAAUAUCUGUCUUAUUUUGUGUGUGAUUUAGAGGUGUUCUAAAAACCCGUGGUCACAGGGCAAGUUUUCUACAUUUUUAAGAGCCCUUAGAACGUGGAUAUUUUUUCCUUGAGAAAAGCCAACGCGCAUCCGUGCGGCCCCCAACAUUCUCUUCCUUUUGCUUAGAGUCGGCUUUUAAGGGGCUGUUGUAGUAACUAGUUUGUGUUCAUAUAAUAUUUCUUUUGAUGUCCUAUAAACCGGAAAAGGAAAGAAAGGGGCAAAGAGAACCAAUGAUUUGCCAGUUUUCAAAGAGUUUUGAAUCUACGCCGGUCCUGAGGGUCCCUGCGGACACCAGCGGUUGAAGGAAGAGGGUCUGGCGCCUGUUGUGACCACAGAAUCAACACGACUGGAGAGAAGUGUGAAAGAACAAGGGAAAGGAGCUUAUUGUAUUGGGGCUGUUGGUUUUAUUUUUCAUUGAAUUCUGCAAGAUGAUAUUGUUCCAUGUACAUAGUCUUAGACCUAUUUAAUAUCUGUAACUAUCAGCUACAAUACCAUGGUGACCAGCUGUUAGAAAACAACUUUUCCUGCUUUACCUGCAAAAUAUUGGAUUUAUAUGUGUAUAAGCGCCUCAGUGGGGAAUUAGAGCCAGAUGUUAUGAUUUGUUUGCUCUGUUUCUUUUAGAGUUGUAGCAAAAUUUCUAGCGAAUGCAUAAAUUAGGUUGCUCUUCACAUUUUGCUUUAAAUCUCUGGUUUUUACACCCCUGUGACAAAAUCCUAGCAGACAGUGUCCUCUGGCUGGACACAAUACAAUAAAGCCGAGUUGUUACUGCAAUUACUCUGGAA